AUGCAGAUCAAUCCAGAUGCUAUUUCGAUUGCUCAGGAAAGAGAUCGUGAACGGGCAGCAGGAACUGUUAGGAGUCCAUUGCACGGUAUCCCCUUUUUAGUCAAGGACAAUUAUGCCACGAAGGAUAAAAUGGAUACCACAUGUGGUUCAUGGAUGCUAUUGGGUUCAGUAGUACCUCGUGAUGCCCAUGUUGUGUCCAAAUUGAGAGAUGCUGGUGCUGUACUGUUUGGCCACGCCACAUUAAGUGAAUGGGCAGACAUGAGAUCAUCAGACUACUCUGAAGGCUACUCCGCUAGAGGUGGCCAAGCACGUUGUCCUUUUAAUCUUACUACGAACCCAGGUGGAAGUUCUUCUGGUAGUGCCGCAUCAGUCGCCGCCAAUAUGAUAAUGUUUUCAUUGGGAACCGAAACUGACGGUAGUAUUAUAGAUCCUGCAAUGAGAAAUGGUAUCGUUGGUUUCAAGCCAACCGUCGGUUUAACUUCAAGAUCUGGAGUAAUUCCAGAGUCAGAACAUCAAGAUUCAACUGGGCCCAUGGCUAGAACUGUUCGUGAUGCGAUAUAUGCUUUCCAAUACAUGUGGGGGGUUGAUGAAAGAGAUGUAUAUACUCUGAACCAAACUGGUAAUGUUCCAAGUGAUGGUAAUUAUGUGAAAUUCUUGACUGAUAAAAGCGCUCUAAAAGGCGCUAGAUUUGGUCUCCCAUGGAAAAAGCUUUGGACGCAUGCGAAAACUGAUGAAAUUCCUAGGCUUUUAGAGGUUAUCAAAAUAAUUCAAGAUGCAGGGGCUACCGUUUAUAACAACACUGAUUUUGGAAAUUUAGAUGUGAUCUCUGAUGAAGGCUGGAAUUGGGACCUGGGAUCGGCAAAUGAGAGUGAAUUUACUGUGGUAAAAGUCGACUUCUACAAUAACAUCAAAACCUACUUGAGUGAACUGGAAAACACGAAUAUUCGCUCUCUGGAAGACAUUGUCGCAUAUAAUUACAAAUUCACUGGCAGCGAAGGUGGGUACGAUAGUACAAAUUCUGCCUUCUCAUCCGGUCAGGAUUCUUUCUUAGACUCUUUGAGUUGGGGAGGUAUCAAGAAUGAGACUUACUGGGAAGCUGUUGAAUUUGUUCAAAGGACUUCCAGAGAUGAAGGUAUUGAUCAUGCACUAAACUACACGGAUCCUAACACUGGUGAAAAUUUCAAGCUAGAUGGUCUGUUGGUUCCAAGUGGUUUGUCAAUUACCUAUCAGCAAGCCGCCAAAGCUGGUUACCCGAUGAUUACCUUACCAAUAGGAGUGAAGAAAGCCAAUGGAAGACCUUUUGGUCUUGGCAUAAUGCAAUCUGCAUGGCAAGAACCUCAGUUGAUUAAAUACGGUUCCGCUAUCGAAGAUUUGUUAAAUUACAAAUGUAAGCCACAGUACUAUGAAUACUUGGCAAAGAAUAUCCCCGUUAUUUGA